AUGACGGAGGAGCUGAGAGCUGAAGUCAACACCUCCCUCAGCAGCGCGGACCGGGCUGUGGGAGGAUUGGGAUUUGUUGGUCUGCAGUUCGGUCUCACGUUGCUGGUUUGCGCGUCCUCGGGUCUCAUUGUUGUCACCAUCUUGCGUAAUGUCUCGCUCAGUUCCCAGUACUUCUUCUGGUAUCUCCUCAACUUUGUUGCCAGUAUUUUUGUGUUUAGGCUGGCUUACCUUGCGUUGACGAUUGGACUGCUGAGAAAGUUCGCUGGCACUGGGAUUUCCCUCGUGUCUAGUCCUGACGUAUGCCUCUUCUACCUCAUGAUCGGGAGCUUCUACAGGGCGGUGAUGCACAUGUCUGUCCUGCUGAUUGCCCUGGAGCGUUACAUCACUAUCCUCAAGCCCCUCACGCACUGCUACAUCCUCACCGAUAAGAGAAUCAAGUACUCCAUCGCCUCUACAUGGUUCAUUGCUACGUGCUACACCGUGGGCAUGGUCGUCCACAGGUACGUGUACGAUGCCCCGGGGGUGAUUGCGGGCUGCAACAUAGAGAUCUACGGCAUAUGGAAAAUCUACGUUUCUCAGAUGACUGUCAGCAUCCUGGUCUUCAUCUCAGUCCUCGCCAUGUACAUGCACCUCCACGUCAUCGGGAGGAAACACCUGAGGAUCAUAGAAGCUGAGAGAAGGAUAUUCAGCCUCGUUCGGUACCAGCGGAGUCUCAGGCGCUCGAAGGUGGCGUUCAUGAUCACCCUCCAGAUCUUUUGCCUCGAAGUGCCCGUGUAUAUCUUAACCAUGAUGUACUUAAUGAAAGCGGGACAGCUGUAUGCGAAAUAUGCCUUCCUGCUCAUCUCUCUGGGCCAGAUCUCGCAGCCCGCCUUCUACGCUCUCUUUUCCUCCGAGUUCAGGAAAGCACUCAAGAAGCUGAUGAAGCAGUCAGCGGUUCAGCCGUUGGGUGAUCACCUACAUGUCGGCUCUGGGAGAUUCCGAAGGGACCUGCGAGGGGAAGACGCUCCGGGAAGGUUUUGA